UGGAGCAGCAGCUGGAGGAGAUGAGCUUGUCCAUCCCAGCCGGGUGCUCCUGGCGCCCAUGCCCAUGGGGUUAUUUCACCCUGCAUUUGCAAAGUCCCUGCUCUGUAAAUGCAGUUUCCUUCUCUGUUUGGUGCAGGGAGAAUUUUCUAGAUGCUUUGAACUGUUUUAAAGUCCUAAUCUUUCUUUUUCAGCAUCUUUACAGCAGAAUAAACUUUACACUGUACCAACUGAGAUGCAGUUUCUGGCAAGUACUGAGGACAAAGAUCUGGCGGAGGAGAAGGAGGUUGCCAGUGAUGUGCUCUCAGACUUAAAGAAGGAGGAAGAAUACAAAACAAAUAUCUGGAAAGGUUUCCUCAUCUCAAUCCCAUACGCAGCCAGCAUCGGCGGGACAGCGACACUGACGGGAACGGCACCAAAUCUCAUCCUCCUAGGACAGCUGAAGAGUUAUUUUCCAGAAUGUGAUGUGGUGAACUUUGGUUCUUGGUUUAUGUUUGCGUUUCCUCUAAUGCUGAUUUUUCUUCUCAUGGGAUGGCUAUGGAUCUCCAUCUUGUAUGGAGGAAUUAACCUCAGGGGCUGGAGAGCAAAAAAGUCAAAUAUAAGGGUGGAUGCAGAAGCCCGAGCCCGAGAAGUGAUAAAGGAGGACUAUCAGAAACUGGGGCCAACCAAGUUUGCAGAACAGGCAAUUUUCUUCUUCUUUUGUGUGUUUGCGAUCAUGCUUUUCUCCAGGGACCCCAAAUUCAUUCCAGGUUGGGCAAGUUUGUUUGCACCAGGGUUCAUCACAGAUGCUGUUACUGGAAUCACCAUAGUGAUCAUAUUGUUCUUCUUCCCUUCACAAAAGCCCUCCUUCAGGUGGUGGUUUGACUUAAAAGCCCCGAACACGGAGACGCAGCCUUUGCUGACUUGGAGGAAGGCCCAGGAGACCGUUCCUUGGAACAUCAUCUUGCUGCUUGGAGGAGGAUUUGCCAUGGCGAAAGGCUGCGAGGAGUCGGGUUUGUCUGUGUGGAUAGGAGGCCGCCUGCACCCCUUGGAGGGCGUCCCCCCGCCAGUGGCCGUCAUCCUUAUCACUAUUGUCAUCGCCUUAUUCACUGAGUUCGCCAGUAACACUGCCACGAUUAUAAUCUUCCUGCCUGUCUUGGCAGAACUGGCCAUUCGUCUGAAAGUAAAUCCUCUCUACUUAAUGAUACCAGGAACUGUAGGAUGCUCCUAUGCAUUCAUGCUGCCAGUCUCAACUCCUCCUAACUCAAUCGCAUUUUCUUCUGGACACUUGAUGGUCAAGGAUAUGGCAAGAACCGGGUUGCUCAUGAAUCUUAUGGGAGUUCUGCUUCUUAGCUUGGCUAUGAACACAUGGGCCAAAAGCAUCUUCCAGUUGGGGACCUUCCCUGCAUGGGCCAACAUCCAUGCAGAAAAUGCCACGUUGCUUACGACAGCUGUAGAAAAUGUCACUUUAAGUGCACUAAAUAAAAUAUGAACAAAGCCA